GUUCUUAACAGACGGUGUGCUUCUAUUCAAAUUAGGCUCCCCCCCCCUCCGCGAGGGCGUUUGGUUCCUUCCAGCUACCGUGCGAUCAUUGAGGUUCGUGGAGUGGUCGGCAGCGGCUGGGGCAACUCUGUGAUGUUGACCGUAGUGUGAGGUGGUUUGACUACUUGAUGCCAGCCUCUGUUGAGUCUUUUCCUCUUGUCAUCUGAAGGAGAGGUCAACGUCUUCAGUAUAGGAGAGGAGGCUGUCGCUAGAUUCACACAGUGAAACUAUCUUUUGCCGAACCAAAGAUUAAGUGGGCGAGUAAUGAGUCUUCUGCUGCUGAGCGACUGAGUGGCUUUCUCCCCCCCCCCACUCCGCCCCAAUGGAUCACACUUCCCAGCAGCCCCCACUGACUCAGACCACUGCCUCUGCCUCCUGCUGAAUGUUGGAGAGCCUAGCAUGGAAUACCAAUCAAGUGAUGCUCUGAGGCAAUCAAACAACGCUGUCGACCUCCAUUACCUCACCCCCCCCGAACGCACCAAAAGCUGCUCCACUGCCGCCUCCUCUCAGACAGGGACCGCAGCCACUAGUUGAUCAUAUUCCAGGAUGUUUCUGAAUUUCCGCCGGGUUCGAAAAUGGCAGUUGGUGCAGGUGAUGACCACUUGCCUGGUGCUCUCUGUGGUGAUGGUCUGCUGGCAGCAGCUGGACAACAGCAUCGUCAGCCACGUCAAAUCCUAUUCCUAUCGCUACCUGAUCAACAGCUUCACCUCCGUCAACGAGAGCCUCACCAUCCCCCGAAAGCAAGCCAGAAUGUUUAGCAACUUCCACUACCUUAUGGACCACCCCAACAAAUGCGUCGGGGAAGAUGUUCUCCUCCUCCUCUUUGUCAAAACGUCGCCAGAAAAUAUAGAAAGGCGAAUGGCCAUCAGGUCCACCUGGGGGAACGAGACCUACAUCCAAAAUACCCUGGGGGUGACAGUCAAGGUGGUGUUCGUUCUGGGAGCAGUUCAGACCAAGGAGACGGAGCCUUUGUGGAGCAAGAGUAGUGGCGUUGGUUUUCAGUAUCAGCUCAUCCAAGAGAAUCGUCUCCAUGGCGACUUGAUCCAGCAAGACUUUCUAGACUCUUUCCACAACCUGACCCUGAAGCUGAUCAUGCAGUUCCACUGGAUGCACAGCCGCUGCCCACACGCCCGCUUCCUCAUGACCGCCGAUGACGACAUCUUCGUCCACAUGCCCAACCUGGUGAGCUACCUGCAGGACGUGAGCAGCAGAGAUGUUAAAGACUUCUGGGUCGGUCGAGUGCACAGAGGCGCGCCGCCCAUCCGCGACAAGGAGAGCAAGUACUACGUUUCCUAUGAGAUGUACCCCUGGGUGACCUACCCGGACUACACAGCUGGGGCUGCGUAUGUUGUCUCCGGUGACGUCGCGGAGAAAAUCUACCACGCCACGCUGACCCUGAACGCAUCCAUUUACAUAGACGAUGUGUUCAUGGGCAUCUGCGCCAGCACCGUGGGUGUGUCACCACAGGAGCACAAUUAUUUCUCAGGAGAGGGCAAGGCGCCGUAUCACCCAUGUAUCUACACAAAGAUGAUGACAUCACACGGGCACAUAGAAGACAUUCACGACGUUUGGAAGGCAGCAACGCACCCUCAGGUGAAACAGCAGGUCUCUGGAUUCUUAGGGGACCUGUACUGCACCGCUGUGAAACUGGCUCUGCUUUGUAAACCCUACUAUUUCAACACCUACCCCUGCAUAGCAGCCUUUUCCUAGUAUUACUCAACGCUUUGUGCGUGUCAUCAGACUGUGAGUGCAAAUGUGUCAUACUGUAGAUCAUGAGCACAUGACGGUACUGCUGCGAAUAUUACCUCAGUCCUUUCAGUCAGACAUUCACGCCGAAGCGUUGUGUUCGAGACCUGGCGAUUUGCGUCACUGUGGGUGUGACAUCAGUGCAUUUAAUAAUGUCCUAACAAUAGAUUUUCAUUCACAGCACAGUGUUUCAAAAGGUCUCAACGUUUACACAUCGCCGCAAUUCAAACUUCGGUGUGGUGCAAAUGGCAUCUUCACCCCAGCGGGGCUGAGCAGGACAACACAUCCUCAUUGCCUUACCGUGAAACGUGAAGCUUAAAAAAAUAGCCAUGUUAUUAAAACUGACUGACUGAUCUGUGAAAACGGAAGUGAAUAAUUUCGGUGAUGACAGUGAUGUCUGAAAUAUCUAAUCGAACAGAUCUGUGACAGUCAUACUUCUCUACUUUUGCUCUUGUGCUGGGGAAAAAAAUGACAUUUGACUCUGUUUUUUGUUUCGUUUUUUUAAUCGGAAUAAAGUCUGCACUCUGUUGCUGGUGAAGAACUUGAGAGUUUGUGUAAAAGGGAAACAAGAUCUGAGGAAACCUCAGCCCAGGCCUUUGAAAUGCUGAAAGGUUUCUUUCCCCUGCUUAGCAUUUCUCCAAAGUGCUUGCGUGGGUUUUUCGCGCCAUACUAAAGAUAUUCAAGUCAGGUGGUUAGUAAACCCCUUGUGUGCCCCCUGUUCAAUACAUAUCUGUGGGACUGUGGGAGACAUAGCGGCAUGUAGUAAUUCAUGUAUCUCACUUCAACAGAUACAGCAGUGUCAUACCAUCACAAAGAUUGCCAAUCAAGCCAAAACUUGUGCAAGUUUUAAAGAAUUGUAGCAGUGACUGAGAGUUGUCUGAUACAAUUUGACAUAUAGGGGGAAAACAACAACUUAUUUGCUCUUCUUUUUUUUUUUUUCUUUUUUUUUUGUAAAAUUUGUAAAUUUGUAAAAAUGUGGCAGCAUGUAAGAAACGAGUUACCUAAAAACAUUAAACUAACUCUUCAGAGGUAAUGGAAAAUCUCACCAGCAGCAGACUUUUGCACUUUGACCGCAUAUGACUAAAAAGGUAAUAUGAAUCUGUCUAAAGAUCACCUUUGCUCAUAAACAUCUCCAGAGCAUAUUUUACUAUUACUCUCCUGUCGGGUUUCUGCUUGUGUGAAACACAAAGUGAAACUUCAAUUAAUUGUUAAACUCUCACUCUCUUUAUGUAAAAAGUAUAUGUGAUUUUAAUUUUUUGUUAUUAUUAUUAUUAUUAUUAUUAUUUAAACAUUUUUUUUAAAACAUUUUAUUUUUAGUUGAAGUGGUUUAUUCUCAUCAAAACCUACAGCUGCCUAUAGAGGCCAUAGUAUCUGCGGGCGGUGAUUUACUUUAACUGCCAUCAGUUGUAGUGGGGAAACAGUCAACCACAAUGCAGAACAUGUUGCAUUCAGACUGAACCACACAGCAAGUGUGAUGUCGAAACUUGUGUUUUUCCUGUGUUAAAGCAAAAAAGCUCUCCAAACAGGCGUCCGUCUGACAGAGUCAGAUCAACGGGACUGAGGCUCAAAUAUUUUUAACCUUUCAUUUAAUGAAAGCAGGGCUUAUGUUUUAACCAAU